ACACCCAUCCGUAGCACGCGCUCCAGCAAGUAUAUUGCACUGGUCAUGCCUAAAGCCAACACUUCCUUUGGCCGCCUUUCCUUCCAGUUCUCUGCUGCCAAUGACUGGAACGAAUUGCAAAAAUCACUGAAGCUGGAGUCUUAUAUCUCCCUCUAACUUUAAGCAUCAGCUGUCUGAGCAGCUUACCUAUCACUGUACCUGGACACAUCUGUAAAUAGCACACCUGACUACCUCAUCCCCACAUUAUUACUUACCAUCUUGCUCUUUUGCACCCCAGUAUCUCUACUUUCACAUCAUUAUCUGCACUAUCACUCCAGUAUUAAUGCUAAACUGUAAUUAUUUUCGCCUCUAUGUCCAAUGUAUUGCCUCCCUCCCUACUCUUCUACAUGUGCACACACUGUACAUAUAUUGUACUAUUUUUCCUUUCUUUUGUGUUAUUGACUGUACGUUUGUUUAUGUGUAACUCUGUGUUGUUGUCGCACUGCUUUGCUUUAUCUUGGCCAGAUCGCAGCAGUAAAUGAGAACUUGUUCUCAACAGACCUACCUGGUUAAAUAAAGGUGAAAUAAAAUAAAGUAUGUAAAAAUGAAGGUGAAUUAUAUCACUAAACAAAGGCAGCAGAGAUAUGUAGACCGGUACAUCACUGUCAGGAAGAUUAAAAGACAAAAGGGGAAAAUGUCACAUGCAAAAUAAUCAUUAUCUAGAUUUUCCAGAUAUACUGGAAACUUAAGGAAAUCCUCGUGGAUGGAAGCUGUUCCCAUAAAACAGAGCCUAUAUUGUGAAUGUUUCUGGUGAGAGUAUGUCUUUAUCCUUUCAGAAACUCCUAAAGAAAGCCUUUCCAUCAUGCCAACAAAAAUAUGCCAUUCUGGCAGGCGAGACUACAGUCAGCUUAAAUGACAGCUUUCUGAGAGGCUUGCUUGGCAGACACAAUGAAGUGGCACUUACCCAAACUCACACACACACACAAACACACACACACAAUCUCGUGGUCCGCAGACAAGCCCAUGAGACAAAAAUGAAAAGAAAUGUGCAUGUCAUGAUGAAGAGAAAAGGGGGGAUACAGUACAGAGCUCAAAUGGAGGAGGAAAUGUCAUGGGGAGAGAGGGGAGAGGGAAAAGAGGGAGUAGCAGGGAUGAGAAUGAUGAUGAGAGGGGAACAGAGGGGAUGAGAGUGGUACUGAGAUGGGGUCAGUGGGGAACAGAGGGGAUGUGAGGGGUACUGAGAUGGGGUCAGUGGGGAACAGAGGGGAUGAGAGGGGUACUGAGAUGGGGUCAGUGGGGAACAGAGGGGAUGUGAGGGGUCCCGAGAUGGGGUCAGUGGGGAACAGAGGGGAUGAGAGGGGUACUGAGAUGGGGUCAGUGGGGAACAGAGGGGAUGAGAGGGGUACUGAGAUGGGGUCCGUGGGGAACAGAGGGGAUGAGAGGGGUACUGAGAUGGGGUCAGUGGGGAACAGAGGGGAUGAGAGGGGUACUGAGAUGGGGUCAGUGGGGAACAGAGGGGAUGUGAGGGGUACUGAGAUGGGGUCAGUGGGGAACAGAGGGGAUGAGAGGGGUACUGAGAUGGGGUCAGUGGGGAACAGAGGGGAUGUGAGGGGUCCCGAGAUGGGGUCAGUGGGGAACAGAGGGGAUGAGAGGGGUACUGAGAUGGGGUCAGUGGGGAACAGAGGGGAUGAGAGGGGUACUGAGAUGGGGUCCGUGGGGAACAGAGGGGAUGAGAGGGGUACUGAGAUGGGGUCAGUGGGGAACAGAGGGGAUGAGAGGGGUACUGAGAUGGGGUCCGUGGGGAACAGAGGGGAUGAGAGGGGUACUGAGAUGGGGUCAGUGGGGAACAGAGGGGAUGAGAGGGGUACUGAGAUGGGGUCCGUGGGGAACAGAGGGGAUGAGAGGGGUACUGAGAUGGGGUCAGUGGUGAACAGAGGGGAUGAGAAGGUUACUGAGAUGGGGACAGUAGGGAACAGAGGGGAUGAGAGGGGUACUGAGAUGGGGUCAGUGGGGAACAGAGGGGAUGAGAGGGGUACAGAGAUGUGGUCAGUAGGGAACAGAGGGGAUGAAAGGGGUAGAGCGAUUUGGUCAGUUGGGAACAGAGGGUGACAGUCACAAGUCUGGCCAAGGCAGGCACAGAGAGGAGCAGGCAUACCAGAGGUCUGGCACUCAUUCAGACACAGAGAGGAGCAGGCAUACCAGAGGUCUGGCACUCAUUCAGACACAGAGAGGAGCAGGCCUACCAGAGGUCUGGCACUCAUUCAGACACAGAGAGGAGCAGGCCUACCAGAGGUCUGGCACUCAUUCAGACACAGAGAGGAGCAGGCAUACCAGAGGUCUGGCACUCAUUCAGACACAGAGAGGAGCAGGCCUACCAGAGGUCUGGCACUCAUUCAGACACAGAGAGGAGCAGGCAUACCAGAGGUCUGGCACUCAUUCAGACACAGAGAGGAGCAGGCCUACCAGAGGUCUGGCACUCAUUCAGACACAGAGAGAGACAGGAGAAGAUCAACUAAACCCAAACAUUUACCAGCUGUACUGACAGAGUCCCUUUCAUACUACACUUCUCAUUGGAACACAGCGUUAGUCCAGCACUGUAAUUGACGUAAAACUCAAUGUCUGAUUUAUGUUUGUGCAGCCCAAGGAAAUCAGGAAACUGAGGAAACUCCCUAAAAGUGCUUUUCAAUUUCUCGCCCCUGAGCCCUUUCACACCACAACAUUGUGGUUUGUGCAGAACCCAGCUUAAACAAGGCCUCAGGGAACUAAAGCUUUCAACCAGCAGCUCACCUUAUAACAGCUUUUCUCCCUGAGAAACGAUCGGAGCAAAUUAUCCACAAACUAAUGGAAAACUUCAAUAAACCUGGGAAACAAUGUGACAACUUUAAAACCUUGCACAUUCUGACUGAAAAUACCCAAGACACUAACUACGUUCUGGCCUUUAUCUUGCCAGGCUAUUUUCUCGUUCUGGCCUUCAUCUUGCCAGGCUAUUUUCUCUCACACUGCUUUUCUCUGAGUUUUCCUUCUAAGAAGAAAAAACAAAGAAUGCAAUUCCUCUGGGUCCAAUCCUCCUGCAGAGACUAGUGCAGAUAAUGAAGUAUAAGCAGAGAGAGGCAGUCAAACCAAGGCACUGAGACUUCCUUCCAACUCCACUCCUCCAGCUCAGAACCACUACCUCAGCACAUCACAUCACACAGUGAGCUUUCAGCCACACUAACUGCUAGUCUCUACUACUCGUGUCUUUGGGACACAGCUGAUGUCUGAUACGUCAAGGAAACCUUGAUCUUGCUGACAUCAUGUACUGAAAACGCAAUUUAGCUUAACCUUUGUGGUCUUGAAUUCUGCAACCAAACGUGCUUAAUCUACUUUACAUGAGCGCAAUUCUUUUCAGACUAAGGAUUCAGACUAAGGAUUCAGAUUAAGGAUUCUGAUUAAGGAUUCAGACUAAGGUUCCAUUCAAUUCUCAAAUUACUAGGUAUCUAAUAACCUUCUCUCACCUGCCCAUGUUCCCUGUACUAAUGGUCCAGGCCGGUAAAGGGGAGCUAGCCACUAGCCAGGAGCAGUAAAAGGGAGCUAGUCACUAGCUAGCCACUAGCCAGGGCCAGUAAAAGGGAGCUAGCCAGGGGCAGUAAAAGGGGGCUGGCCACUAGCCAGGGCCAGUAAAAGGAAGCUGGCCACUAGCCAGGGCCAGUAAAAGGGAGCUAGCCACUAGCCAGGAGCAGUAAACGGGAGCUAGCCAGGGGCAGUAAACGGGAGCUAGCCACUAGCCAGGGGCAGUAAACGGGAGCUAGCCAUUAGCCAGGGGUUAGUAAACGGAAGCUAGCUAAAAGCCAGGGACAGUAAACGGGAGCUAGCCACUAUCCAGGGGUUAGUAAACAGGAGCUAGCCACUAGCCAGGGGUUAGUAAACAGGAG